AAAUAUUUUUGCUGAUAUUGAGAGACGAUGUAGGACUUGCCUCGGUAUUUGUGCCGAAUUUAACGCGCUUUCGAAGUCUGUACAAGUCGGCGAGAGGAGUUUAACACUCAUUGAGAUAAUUCAGGAUUGUGCUUCAGUACAGAUAUCUGAACAAGACGAGUUUCCUCAAAGGAUAUGCGAAAAUUGCAAAGAUGCGGCAAUUAAAUCGCACUUAUUUAAAACUCAGUGUGAAACAUCUGAUAAAUAUUUACAAACACUUGUGCAAAAAAUCACGUCGAAAAAAACGCCCCCAACUGUUGAACCAUCAAACACCGAGACAAUAAAAAUCGAAAUAGAAAAAAACUUCAAAACAAAACACUCGUGUCACAGCUGUGACGAAACCUUCGCCUCAAAAAAAUCCCUCUCAAACCAUCUCAAAACGCACAACCGAGGCGACACCACCACACCCCGCACUUGCCCCAUCUGCUCCAAAGUCUUCCAGUACCGCACCAGUAUGCUCAAACACAAAAAACGCCACACUGCGCCCCCCAAAACUUGCACCUUUUUGCCCCUUUGAGCCCAGCAGCCCUAGCAACCUCUCCAAACAUAUGGAACAAACACACUCGCAUUUAAAAUCGUUCAAGUGUUCCCUCUGCUCGAAAUCCUUCUUCAAGAAGGCCAACCUGCGCCUGCACGUGCAAGUGCACUCGGGGGUGAAGAAGCACACGUGCGAGAUCUGCGGCAUGUCUUUUGUGCUGCGGGGCAACUUGUCAGUGCACCGAAGACUCCACACGGGCGAGAGGCCCUACACGUGUUCCACGUGCGGUCGGGGGUUCACACAGCAAUCGGCGUUGCGGUCGCACGAAGCGGGGCAUUCAGACCGGAAGGAUUUUGUGUGCCCCGAGUGUGGGGCCGCGUUUAGUCGAAAGGGGGCCUUGCGGAAUCACAGGAAGAGGCACUCGGGGGCGAGGCCGUUUGAGUGCUCGGUUUGUGCGAAGAAAUUUACGUUCAGUUCGGAGAGGAAGAGGCACAUGUUGAUACACACAGGGGAUAAGAAUUUUGAGUGUGAAGUGUGCGGGAGGCGGUUCACAAGGGGGACGAACUUGCGGGUGCAUAAGCGGAUACACACGGGGGAGACGCCCCAUGUGUGUGAGGUGUGCGGGAAGGGAUUCAUACAAGCGCAUUGUUUGAGGACGCAUAUGAACACGCAUUCAGGGGGGCAGUGAUUAAUUUAUUAGUAAAAUAAAGGAUCAAACUUUGAAUUUUAUGCAACCAGUUAUACACGGUUUGCACCUGUCAUCAAAUCAAAUUCAAGCGCAUUGUUUUUGUACUCAUCGUACUAAAGUUUUAUUUUCCAAAUAGUAAUUGGAACGAUUUUUAUUAUAAUAUCACAAUUAAAAUUUAAAAUGGAAUUUU